AUGCCAAGUCAACGGUCAAACGCCGAUUGUAGCAUCCUAGAAUACCUAAAAUAUCUUGGUGAUUAUAUAGAUACAUUAGAGACUCUGCCGGCAGAUAUGCAACGAAGCUUCACCCUCUUAAAACAACUUGACGUUAAUGCGCAAGACGAACUUACCAAGGUCGCGGAACUGUCUAUGCGAUUGGUACAGAAUGUAAACGAGUUUAGUCCCGAAGAAAGAAUAGAACAACUGAGGAGGUUUAGUGAUAGUCUAUGCACAACCUGGAAAUUUGCCGAAGAAAGGGUGUCAAUUGCCAUGUCAGCAUAUGAAUCCGUCGACAUGCAUAUUAGAAGGUUGGACGAUGACCUCAAAAAGUUGGAAGACACUUUAAUGACUGGUCCCAGUAAAACUCACGAAAUGAUAGAUGACGUCAUUCAAGAAGAAAAGAACCCUCGUAAGCGAGCUGCAAAAGGUGAUGAGAAAACUAAAAAACGAACUGCAAACGCUGCCGUAAAACGUAAACUCACAAAGAACAUUAAAAAUUCUAAAACCUCGAGAUUUGAAAACCAGAAAGAGGGAAGAGAUGAAGAUUCGAGGAAGAAUAGGAAGAAGAGCAGAAACUCCGUUUCUGGGAAAACGACUGCAAUCGAAGAAAUUCAAACUGUCGAAGAUAUGCCUAUCGAUCCAAAUGAACCACUUUACUGUUAUUGCAACAACGUCAGUUACGGUGAGAUGGUUGCUUGUGAUAACGAAUGUGAAAUAUUAUGGUUCCAUUUUCCCUGUGUCGGACUUACCAGUAGGCCAAAAGGAAAGUGGUAUUGUAAUGAGUGUUCAAAGAUUGUAAAACACCAAAAGAGGUAA